CCUUUCAACUCCACCCGGGACUUCUUGUUUCGCAGCCGCGGCUUCGGGGAUUCCUCGCCGGCCGGCGGGCAGCACGGCAUCUUCGGCCCUGCGGCCGGCAGCCUGCACCACCCGCACACGGACGCUCAGAGCCACCUCCUCUUCCCGGGCAUCCACGACCAGCACGGCCCCCACGCCUCCCAAAACGUCCUCAACGGGCAGAUGCGCCUGGGCUUGCCGGGGGAGGUGUUCGCCCGGUCGGAUCAGUACCGCCAGGUCUCCAGCCCCAGGACUGACCCUUACUCGGCGGCUCAGCUGCACAACCAGUACGGCCCCAUGAAUAUGAAUAUGGGCAUGAACAUGGCAGCCCACCACCACCACCACCCAGGUGCCUUUUUCCGCUACAUGCGGCAGCAGUGCAUCAAGCAAGAGCUCAUCUGCAAGUGGAUCGACCCCGAGCAGCUGAACAACCCCAAAAAAAGUUGCAAUAAAACUUUCAGCACCAUGCACGAGUUGGUCACCCACGUCUCGGUGGAGCACGUUGGGGGACCCGAGCAGAGCAACCAUGUCUGCUACUGGGAGGAGUGUCCCCGCGAAGGCAAGCCCUUCAAAGCGAAAUACAAACUGGUCAAUCAUAUCCGAGUGCACACGGGAGAGAAGCCCUUCCCCUGCCCCUUCCCCGGCUGCGGAAAAGUUUUCGCCAGAUCGGAAAACCUCAAAAUUCACAAAAGGACGCACACAGGGGAGAAGCCCUUCCAGUGCGAGUUCGAAGGCUGCGACCGGCGCUUCGCCAACAGCAGCGACCGCAAGAAGCACAUGCACGUCCACACCUCGGACAAGCCCUACCUGUGCAAGAUGUGCGACAAGUCCUACACCCACCCCAGCUCCCUGAGGAAGCACAUGAAGGUCCACGAGUCGUCCCCGCAAGGCUCCGAGUCCUCCCCGGCCGCCAGCUCCGGCUACGAAUCCUCCACCCCCCCGGGGCUGGUGUCCCCCAGCGCCGAGUCGCAGACCACCAGCAACCUCUCCCCGGCGGCGGCGGCGGCGGCGGCGGCGGCGGCGGCAGCGGCGGCGGCCGUGUCCGCCGUGCACCGGGGCGGCGGCGGCGGCGGCGGCGGCGGCGGAGGGGGCGGCGGCGGCGGCGGCGGCAGCGGCGGCGGCCACAGCGGCCUCUCCUCCAACUUCAACGAGUGGGUACGUGUAGGGCCCCGCCGGACUGCUCUGCACGGCCCCGCCGCGGCCCCCCCCCGUCCCGUCCCGUGUCCCCCCCGUCCCGUCCCGUGUCCCCCCCGUCCCGGCGGCGGCGGGCAGGAGGGAGCGAGCCCGCCGGAGACGAGCCGGGAGAUGCCGCCGCACCCGCCGGCAGCGAAAUGACGGCCGAGCAGGAUGGGGACGGGGGGGACGUUUAGCUCCCCCACACCCCUCCAGCCUUCGGGUGUUUUUUUGUUGGAAUUUUUUUUUCUCCUUUUUUUUUUUUUUUCCUCCUUUUUGAGAACAUUUUGAACCAGCAAAAACAACAACAACAACAAUCUAUCAAAGUACGUGCUGAAAAACGUAAGAGAAUGAGUAAAUAAAGAGAGGAACGGAAAGGGGAGAGAGAAAGGGGAAAAAAAAAAAACAACCAACCCCGAACACCACCAACGCACCACCCAGCAAAAAGCUUCUCAAGCCGGCGGAAAGAAAACUCUCCCUCCGGAGCCUCCAGACAAAAGAUCAGAGACUCGAACUCCUCCGGCCCCUGUGCCUCCCCGCCCGGAGCAGCCAGCACCCUCCCGCCCCACGAACUGUGUACAUAGCGGCCCUCUCCUUCCUCCGGCGAGGUGGGGAACGAAGUUUUCCUGGAUUCUUGGUGUAUAGAAGUUCGUCCCGUUUGUAAACCGCGGAUUGGUUCCCCCCCUCCCCCUUUUUUUUUUGGUCGUCUUUCUGGUUUUUUUCCCCUCUUCCUCCCUCCCUCCCCGAGAAAGUGAUGGACUUGUUUUCUUUUCUCCCGCUGCCCCUCCCCGCCCCCCUCUCUCCUCCUUUUUUAGUUCCCCCCUUUAAAAAAAGUAACGUGGAAGAAAAAAUGGUUUCUUUUGUAAUUGUGAUAUCUUGAAUAUUGUGUUCCUUUUUAAGAGGCAACUUGAUUGUAAACUGCAUUUCAACUAUAGACUGGGGAAGAAAUACCGUGCCAAAGUCUCCAUUCUGUUACUCACGGACACACACACGAACAAACAACGCUUGUGAAUGUAUUUUUUCUGUUAGCUGGGUUUACAUGUGAUGUUUUAGUGCUUUUGCAAGUUCAAUUUGUUAGUUCCUGUUCGGAAGAUUGUGAGGAAAAAUAAACGUCGUGCCGUUAGCUUUUCCGUAAUAACACCCUUCCUCCUGUAAAUACCUGUUACCAUAUUUAUCCAUUUGUAAUUAAAUUAUGGUAUUAACUUGCUACAGAGGAAACAGUAUUUAUAAAGAAUGUUUCUUAACUAUAAAUAUGUACAAUUGUGAGCAUAAACUGUUUCAGAUUUUUUAUUUGAAGGUUUAAGUGGUUUCAUCAUUUCUUGUGAUAUGUUUUGAGAGUAAUGCAUACAGAAAUAUAAUAAAACGUGUUGAAACUGCA